AUGUCGGCGUCGGCGGCGGCGGCGGGGGAACGGGGGAAGGAGAAAGGCGCCGCCGGCCCCGGCCCCGGGGGCGCGUGCGAGCUGUGCGGCGCCACCGCGAGGGUGUACUGCAGCGCCGACGAGGCCACGCUCUGCUGGGGCUGCGACGCGCAGGUGCACGGCGCCAACUUCCUGGUGGCGCGGCACGCGCGCGCGCUGUUGUGCCGGGGCUGCGCGCGCCCCACGCCGUGGCGCGCCGCGGGCCCGCGCCUCGGCCCCACCGCCUCCCUCUGCGACCGCUGCGUCCGCCGCGGCCAGGGCGCCGUCGGCGUGGGCGGCGCCGACGAGGAGAUGGGCGGUGCCGGCGGCGGCCGAGACGACGAGGAUGACGACAACGGCAGCGGCGACGGCGACGGCGACGACGACGAGGUGGUCGUUGAGGACGAGGACGACGACGACGACGAGGAGGAGGAGGAGGAAGGGGAGGGGGAGAACCAGGUCGUGCCGUGGACGGAGGAAGCCGAGGCGACGCCGCCGCCCGUCGCCAGCUCCACGUCCAGCAGCAGCCGGGAGGCCCCAGCCAACGGCGCGAGUGCCGCCGACGGCGCAAAGGAGAACGUGCCGUGCUCCACCUCGCAGCCGGGCUUGUGCCAGUACUCGUCGUCAGCGCGCCACGGCGGCUGCAGCGACGAGGCCACCUCCUCCCGGAACGGUGGCCGGUUCCUCGCCUCCCGCCACAGGAAGAGAUCGCCCUCAGAUUUCUUCAGCUCUGGGUCCGCGCAAUCCGGGAGUGGCACUCCGGCGAGGAAUUGCUCCAACGCGGGCAUUGGCCGAAAUGAGUGA